ACGUGAUGCAAUCAUCCAGGAGCAUUGUGGGAUAUGAGGCAUGUUUCUAGUGAACGACAUUGACAGUAGAGGUGGAUGCUGAUGGGAGACACUAUGUCCAGUCCUACAGUGAAGGCAGAGGGCAUCAUGGUGCCAGACUUUGGCAGCGCACCACCACAGGCCUGUCCGAUGCAUAGAGAUGCUAAUAAAAGUGCCCCUCCACCAGAAUGUCCAAUGCAUCAGGCAUCUGCAAGCGAUAAGCUAAAGAAUGUGCCAGAUGUACCAGCACAUCAGGACAGGGCUUAUGAAUUUGUAGAGUGUCCUAUGAGAGCUGCCAAUGGGGCUAAACCCACAAUGUCUGACAUCAAUCCAGCAAACAUGAUGCCACCACCUAACCAGCAACCUUCAUCUGGUCAACCAUUUCCCCUUUCUGUUGUAAGAGAGGAAUCUACGAUCCCUCGUGGUGGAUCUGAGCAGAAGUGGGUUUAUCCCUCAGAGCAGAUGUUCUGGAAUGCCAUGCUGAGGAAGGGAUGGCGCUGGAACAAUGGUGACAUCAACCAGAAAGAUAUGAGAAACGUCAUUAGGAUUCACAACCAGAAUAAUGAGCAAGCCUGGCAGGAAAUCCUGAGAUGGGAGAAGCUGCAUUCGAAAGAAUGCCCAUGUGGACCUUCUCUUUUAAGGUUUGGUGGAAAAGCAAAAGACUUUUCACCCAGAGCCAGAUUUCGCCACUGGAUGGGGCAUGAGCUACCAUUUGACAGGCAUGACUGGAUUAUUGACCGGUGUGGAAAAGAGGUCAGAUAUGUGAUAGACUACUAUGAUGGAGGCCAGGUGCCCAAGCACACUAUCCUUGAUGUGCGUCCAGCCUUUGAUUCCUUAGAAGCUGUUUGGGACCGUAUGAAAGUGGCCUGGUGGCGCUGGACCUCCACAUAAAUUUUCUUUUGUGAUCUUUAGGAACUGAUAUUUAAAUAGCUUAGUCUGCGGAAGCUUUUUUGACAUGAUGUUCUUUAUUUAAAUCCAGAAUGACCUUAUAUCAUUGUAUUCCUGUCGUGAAUUUGGUAUGUGCAUAUUUUCAAGACAAUGAUAAUUGCAAAAGCUGCUAUAGUGGCACUGUGUGCUGUUGUAGGCAUACAGUGUCAUACAAUUAAAAAAGUAGUAGCAAAACAUAUUUUAGUAGUGUUAUGAAGGCACUCUGAAGUGUGAAAAUAAAAUGUAAAGUCUGACUUUAGAAACUAAUGUUGACGGAUACAUUUUGCUUUCUUGUUUUAUUUUAAAAUAUUUACAAUGUUAACCAUCCAAAAUAACAGAAUCCAAUAAAUGUAAAUAGGCGGAUACAUAUUUUAGUUUUUCCAUUUACUGCUGCUUUCUUGCUUAUCAAUUAUAUUU